AUGACAUCCAAAGUGGGAGCGGUUGCUACCAAAACCUACCGCGAGAAGCUCGGACCUGAAAUUCUCGAAGUGUUCGACAAAAGUUAUAACUCUUUCACAGACGUACAGGUCCUCGCCGGUACUCAUCUCUUGAAUCUGUCAGAUGUCGUUGUUGAGUCACCAACCGGAUCCGGAAAAACACUCGCAUUCGUUCUACCGAUGAUGAGAAUGAUUCAAAAUGCGAGACUCCAACCAAAUGAAACCGGAGCACUCAUUUUGUCACCAUCGAGAGAACUGUGUAGUCAAAUUGUUAACGUGAUCAAGCCGUUCGCAGAUAAACUGAAUCUAACAGUGGAGACAGUCACUGGUGGACAGAAAGUGGACAAAAACAUCAAGAUGUUCAAAAGUAAGAGUAUCAACAUUCUCGUCGCCACUCCAGGACGCCUGUUUCAAAUCAUUCAACACGAAAAGACAAUGAUCGCCAGAGCAAUGAAGGGUGUACAAUUGUUGGUUAUCGAUGAAGCGGAUCGAUUCAAUGAAAUUCAAUUUGAGGAUCACAUGAGAGAAAUUCUUUCAUGUAUUCCAAAGCAACGUCGUACCGGAUUGUUUUCGGCUACUCAAGUAAAAGAAGAAGACGAUUUGAUGGUUUUCGGUUUGAGAAAUGCUAAACAAGUGAAAGUAUCUCAAGAGAGAAAUUCUGCGGCUCCAUCAACACUGAAAAACUAUUUUGUUGAAUGUCCUGCUGAUGAGAAAACGAGUGUUUGUCUUGAAUUCAUUCGUCAAAGAACCGAUAAGAAGGUUCUUAUUUUCUUCCCUUCCUGUAAUUCCGUGCGAUAUUUCCAAAAGAUCUUCGAAAGAUGCCUCACCAAACGUCCUCUCUUUUCUGUUCAUGGUAAAUGCUCGAACCCACAUCGUGCUUCACAAAUCAAAGCAUUCUCUGAUAGUAAAAAUGGAGUGAUGAUCUCAACUGACGUGAUGGCUCGAGGAAUUGACAUCACUGAUAUCGACUGGGUUAUUCAGUUUGACCUUCCAAAACAUUCCAGCUGGUUUGUUCACAGAGCUGGAAGAACUGCAAGAUGUGGACGUGAUGGAAAUGCAUUGAUUCUGAUUGCCACUGAACAGCUCGCAUAUGUUAACUUCCUCGAUAACCAUGAGAAAGUUAAACUUGAGGAAGUUAAAGUUCCAACCAGUACAUCUAGAAAGGCAGAGGAGUUGAGACAGAAGAUGAUCAAAAUUCAGUGCUCUGAUCGUGCUAUUCUGGAACUCGGAACUCGAGCAUUCGUCAGUCAUAUCGAGUCAUAUGCCAAGCACGAUUGUCAUCUCAUUUGCUCUCUUGAUGAUCUCAACGUAGUUGGACUCGCCAACUCUUAUGCUCUUCUCCGAUUGCCAAAGAUGCGAGAGCUGUCUUCAAGAAAGGACCUCGAGCAAUUCGAUAGAAGUGACAUUGAGACUUCCGAAAUCAAGUAUGCUGAUCAAAAGCUUGAAGCCAAUCGGGACACUUUUAUGAAGGAGAAACACGAUAAAAAGAUCGAGUCAUUGGCAGCAAAGGAGAAGAAACGACGAGAGAAGGAGGCACGUAAACUGAAGAGAGCUGGAGGACGAUUCAAGAGUCGUGCAACUGGAGCAAAUGCUGAAGAGACCCGUGCUAAGAAGAGAAAGUCAGAGGAAGAGGACGAUGCUCAAAAUGAUAUUCGAUUGUUGAAGAAGAUCAAGAGAGGAAAGUUGAGUAAGAAGGAGAUCAAGGAUGUUCUUUAA